CCCGCCUCCGGCCGCCAUUUUUGCCGUCCGCCGGCGCCGACCGAGCAUGAGUUUACCGCUGAACCCCAAGCCAUUUCUGAAUGGACUGACAGGCAAGCCCGUGAUGGUGAAGUUAAAAUGGGGAAUGGAGUACAAGGGUUACCUCGUGUCCGUGGACGGCUACAUGAACAUGCAGCUUGCAAAUACAGAAGAAUACAUAGAUGGGGCAUUAUCUGGACACCUUGGUGAAGUUCUAAUAAGGUGUAAUAAUGUCCUUUACAUCAGAGGUGUUGAAGAGGAGGAAGAAGACGGGGAAAUGAGAGAAUAGCAUUUUUCGUGGACUCUUUGGGGUUUUCUUUUUUGUAUAUUUCUAGAAUAAAGAACAGUUUUGUGUUUUUCA